CCCGGCCUCUCGAAAAAGAAUUUUUAAAAUCUGCUUUGGAAGUGUUUAGGACUUAAACAUUUGAAUGAAUAUUCUAAUACCAGCAACAAUGCUCUACUGCCUAAUAUUUACAUUAUGCUAGUACAUGCAUAUGGGAGUUCUAAAUGAGCUACUUGUAAUUGUAUACAUUUCUUUCUUGAGCAUAUCUGAAUGCAAAAGAAUUCCAUUAUUAGAAAAAUAAUUCUCGGAGGCGGUGCUGGUUGCGCUGGUGGGCUGGGCUGCAGCCCGUGAAUGCAAAGAGGAGGGCCACAGGGCAGGGGAUGUUGCUAUGCUGUCUGCCAUCAACUUUUCUGCCAAGAGCCUGGACUCCAAAUAUGACGAAUCUGAUGUUCCAGAAGAGCUCCAGGUGUUAAGAGAACCCCUACAACAGCCAGUCUUCCCUUUUUUAGUUGCAGACCAGCUCCUGCAUAUUUCUUUGGUGGAGCACUUGAGCCAUGUGCAUGAACCAAACCCAGUUCAUUCAAGGCACAUGUUUAAGUUACUUUGCCAGACCUUUAUCAAAAUGGGGCUGCUGCCUUCUUUCACUUGUGAUGAGUUUAGCUCAUUAAGACUAUAUCACCACAGAGCUAUUAUUCACUUAAUGAGGUCCACUAAAGGCAGAAUUUGUUAGAAUCCUUGUGAGGAUGUUUCUUAUAUCCAGAAAAUCAGAUCAAGGGAAGUAGCCUUUGAAGCACAAACUUCAUGCUACUUAAAUGAAUUUGAAGAACUUGCCAUCUUAGGAAAAUGUGGAUAUAGAAGAGUAUAUAAGGUCAGGAAUAAAUAACAUGGUCAGGAUUAUGCAAUUUAAAAAGUCCUGAUUAAGGGUGCAACUAAAACAGAUUGGACGGAGAAACUAUGGGAAUGAAGGUGUCGGAGGUUCUUCAGGACCCUAAUAUCAUUGGUUAUCAUACUGCAUAGACAGAACAUGUUCAUGUGAUCCAACCACAAGCAGACAGAGCUUCCAUUUGGUUGCCAUUUUUGGAAAUGUUCUCCAACCAGGCAGAUGACAUACCAAUAUGCUGUUAAAAAUGAUGAAAGUAGCAACUCAUCUAUCAUCUUUGCUGAGCUCACCUCAGAAAAAGAAAAACCCUUUGGAGAAUCUAACACUCAAAAUCAGAAAAACAAGCUGGUGAACAACCCUGCCACUUUAGUCCUAAAAGACACCAGUGAAUUUGAAUCAUCCCUGGAGCUCCAGGAAAAUGGCAUGGCUGGUUUGUUUAUCAGGUCCAUUGUGGAACAGCUGCUGCCGCUCAGUUGUAAUUCCCUCCUAGAGGAAAAUUUCACAUCCACUGAGGAAUCUUCUGAAGAAAACUUGAACUUGUUGGGGCAGAUAAAGGUGCAGUACUACCUGAUUCUGCACAUUCAGAUGCAGCUGUGCGAGCUCUUGCUGUGGGACUGGACAGCCAAGAGAAACAAGCAGGGCCAAGAGUGUGUGGAUAAGUCUGCCUGUCUUUAUGGCCAGUGUUGCAACAAAAAUUUUUCAAUAAUUAGUGGAAGGUGUGUUUUACAUAUAUAACAUGGGAAUUGUAAACAGAUAUUCGAAUCCUAGAAAUAUUUUUCUUCAUGGCUCUCAUCAGCAAGUAAAAAUAGGAGACUUUGGUCUGGCCUGCCCAGACAUCUUAGAAAGGAACACAGACUGGACCCAUAGAUAUGGAAAGAGAGCACCAACACAUAUCCAGAGUGGACACUUGUCUGUAAGCUUCAUCCAAACAGCUGGAAGGAUAUGAGAAUGAUGCCAAGGGUCUCACUCCAUUGCCCAGGGUGGAGUGCAGUGGUGUCAUCAUAGCUCAUAGCAGCCUCCAAAUCCUGGGCUCAAGUGAUCCUCCCACCUCAGCCUCCCAAAUAGCUGGGACUACAAGAGUGUGCCACUGAGCUUGGC